GGACCAGCCUUCUGGGCGUUGUCAUGGUUGCUGUCGUCAUGGUCCUUACUCGUCCGAGCGCAUCCGAGCCCAGUCCCCAAGGCACGGGUCGUGCGGACUUCUGCGUGGGUAGACCCUACGGUUUCUACGCCGAUGUUCCCGCAGGCUGCCGAUCCUACUACAUCUGCAACCCGCAGCUCAUCUUCGGCAAGACCGUCACCCGCCAGUUCCAUUACGACUGCUCUCCGGGCAAGGUGUUCGAUCAGCUGCACCUCACUUGCGUGUCCGCGGCCAAGGCGGCCGAGGCGUGCGCUCUUGCCGAAGGACACUACGGAUUGAACGAGGCGUUCACCCUUCGCACGGCCAUGCUUGCCUCCAGGACGACGUCCAGCAGCUUCAGUUGCGACGGGCGUGCCGACGGUUCCUACGCUGACGUAAGGUCUGGAUGCGGAUCUUACUUCGUCUGCAGUCGUAUCCAGCUCGCCCAAAGCCCCCAGAAGCCGCAGGCCAUCGGCUUCAGACUCUCCUGUCCGUUGCCCACGGUGUUCGACCAGCAGUCCGGAGCCUGCACUUACCCCGACCUCGCCGUUCCUUGCGAACACUCUGAGAAGUUGUACAAGCCCCGCAUCGAACCGGACACCGUGCAAGGAGAACGGAGCACACCCGUCAACCUCUCUCCCAGGGGCGACCUGCCUCUCCUCAACAUGCCGGAGGACUCUGUGUUCGCCAGUCAAGUCGGGAAUAAGUUGCUCUCCUCCGAGGUGGUUCUGGCGGGACUAGGCUUGGAGCGGACGAUGGCCUUCCACGCUGUCACUGCUUCUAACGGUGAGCCCGUGGCGUAUCCACCGUCUUCGAACUUCAGCUGCGACGGUCGGAUGUACGGCUACUACGCGGACGUCGAACUGCAGUGUCGGUACUUCCACGUCUGCACGGUCAAGGCAGGAGUGGACGGGAAGCGUGUCUACGAGAGGCAUUCCUUCGUGUGCCCCGAUGAGGACACUUACUUUGCUCAACUGGAGUAUGAGUGCAUGUGGCGUGACAAAGCAGCCCCGUGCUCGGAAGCUGCCGAGCAUUACGACGACAACACCAGGUGGAAUCUUUAGUCUCUUCGCCGCCGAUUUUCUUUCUUAUCCAUAGAUUGUGCUCUUAAUUCAUAAAUAAAUAACACGUGUAGUGUCCUCACAACCAGUUGAUACUGAAAA